CAGUAAAUAAAUUAUAUUUAGUGGUGGAAAAAAUUGAAGGUAAAAAUACCCCAAUAUAUACGGCUCAACCAUAAUGAAAUAUAAAAGCGCCAUCUGGCGUUAAACUUUAACAAUAAAAUUUGAAUAGUAUCUAAUCAGAAACUUUUUAAUAUGGCACCUUACUUAUAAGCAGUCAUCUUUAAAUAUGGCCCUAUCUCUUUUAGUACAGUACCGGACAUAAAUGCUGUGUGAUUUGCUAUAGGAGGGUAUAGGGAAAUCGCAUGUAUAACCUAUAAAAAAUUAAACAGCAUUUGUGACCGCUACUGUAUAAUAAGAAAAAGAUAGAUUACGUUAUCGCGUUUAAUAACUGCGUUAUUUGUGAGGGAAAAUAUAGCAAUAAAUUUAUCUGUUUUAGUUCUACUGAUCAUAUAGUUUAUCAAGCUAAAUUUUAUCAUAAAUUCAUCAGUUAAUUGUCAAUCAUAAAAAUAAAAACAUCUAAAAUGGUUUACCAGUUUCAAUUGAACCUCCAGCAAAGAGCAGCUUUCAGUUUUGCUAUUGCAUUAUGGGAGAAGGAAGAAGUAAUAGCAAUGAUGAAAAAGUUUUUUGAGUUCGGAGGAUUCAACAGAAAAACAAACUCUAUUUUUGAUUGGCAACAAUUAAUUAAUGUAGUGAUAAACCUAUGGGAUAAGUCUGUAUUACCUCCAAAGUUAGCAGAAGAAGUGGAGAACAUUUUAGAAGCACUUGGAAGAAAAAUAUAUCGUUGGUACCAAUAUCUUGGGAAGGGUGAUCAAUUGCAUCUUAGAACAGAUAAAGAAGUACUGGACUUAAUUCUCCCAAUAUACUGGACACCUCACGGUACAAUUGAUGAAAUAGAAAUAUUUAAAUCAUCUUGGUUAAAAAAGAAAACCAUUAAACCAUCUGCACUGUAUAAUACUGCAUGCAAAUUAGCUUUGGAACAAUAUAUUGAAGCUUUGUGGCAAAUAGUACCAAUAAAUAUCCAAAAAAAUUACUCUCAGAUAUUAUAUUUAGAAAAUUAUUAUGAUCAGCAUCUACUAGCAUACUGGAAAUAUUGUAGAGAUGGUAAAUUAGAGGAAUUGAAUGACUAUUUUUCUUUCGUCAUGCGCAAAUCUCAACGAAAUGGACAACUAAAAUCAAGUCCUCCAUUCGUUCCCAGUUAUUCUGUGGAUGAAAACAUGCUUCGUACAUCAAUAUACCUGAAAAAUAGUGUUGCGAUGACUUAUUUUUGGAACAAACUAUCUGAAGAGAAAAAAAAUGAAAAUAUUGUUGAUUGUGCUCGCACUGCUGUAAGAUAUUACGUAGCUUAUUGUGAACGAAACCCUAUUGACGGCUAUGAGAUAGAAAAGUAUAUUGAGAUGUGCUUAUUUCUAGUGAACCAAAUGACUACAAGUCAGAAGAAAUUAUUUUUUAACACAUCAUCAGUAUCAUCAUCAUCAUUGUUCUGUGUACCAUUUGCAAGAAGUGGUAUGAAGAGUGCAUUUUUAGCAAUGUUAGCAUCCAGUUGGCCAUGGCAAGAAUUUUUUAUACCUUUUUUGAAUGAUAUACAGGAAUAUCUGGAACUUGAUAGUCAAGCAGUCUUCGAAAUCUUGAGUAGCAUUACAUGGACAAUGGAAAUGAGACACGAUCAAAAAAAAUUAAAAAUAUAUGGUCAUGUUGAGCAAAACAAUAGCAAGUAUCAAAGUCUUUUGCAAGCAGCCUGGGGUAGUAUUCCAGGUUCUUCCAAGCAAAAGGUAGAAGAUACGAUGUUAGAUGUCAUGUUACGUAAUUUGCUAAAAAUAUGGGACCUAGAUAGUAUUAAAAUGAUAUUCAAUGAUCGAGAUAUUGCACCUGUUAGGAUGCAAUACCUAGAGUGUGGAAAAGAAAUAUUCAAAGAGUGGAUAAUAAACGGUGAAUACAAGUUAUUUGAUCAGUUCAUGCAAGAGAUAAUGAUAUCUGAUGACGAAAAGAAAUUCAUCAAGGAUAGCAUGGAUCAUAUCGAACUCGGGAACUAUUUUAUUAGACGGAGAUGUUUUGAUUUGUUGGCUAAGUUCUUAAAUUGGAAAUGCCAAGAAAUAGAUAAGGAAAAAAAAUAAAAAGAUAUUCUCAAGAGAAAAGAAAUGUUCUACUUAGCUUUUGAUUUCAUCUUUGUGUCAUCAUCAGUUGGAAAGGUUAUAAGUUGAAAGGUUAUAAAUAUUAAUUGUUUAGUGAACUGUUAGAAACGUUGAUUAUAUUUUAUAUUUUACUAUUGUAAACACCAAACUUUUAGUCAUUUUAUUACUCUAAUGUUAAAUUUCUGUGAUAACACCUUCGAGGAAUAAUUUCUCACGUCUUCAACAUGUUUAACUACCAACUGUUUAAUUUAUUUUACUGUUUAUUCCAUUUUUAUUGUUUACAAGUAUUCAAACACGAUUGUAUAUUUUUUAAAGAUAAUAUUUUUAUAAUUGAAAUAAUUCUAUCACUGAUAAAACACUUGAUUUCAAGAUCUUUUUUAAUUGAUGCGUCAUUUUUAGCACAUGCGCAGAAUACUUGCCGGCAUUUUAAGAAAAUUCAAUCAGUGACAUCUACCGAAAU